AUGUGGCAAGAGACAAGGAUAGUUCACCAACUGCUGUCACCAGAGGCAAGAAUAAAAACAGGGUUUUUCAGCAUUGACCAGGAAGAAGAUGUGGAUUUCCUGGCAAGAUUUUCUAAGCUGGUAAAUGGAAUGGGACAGUCAUUGAUAGUUAGCUGGACUAAAUUAAUUAAGAAUGGAGAUAUCAAGAAUGCUCAAGAGGCACUCCAGGCUAUCGAGACAAAAGUGGCACUUAUGUUACAGCUGCUAGUUCAUGAGGAUGAUGACAUUUCUUCUAACAUUAUUGGGUUUUGUUAUGAUUAUCUUCAUAUUUUGAAACAGCUUACAGUCUCAGAUCAGCAAAAAGCUAAUGUAGAGGCAAUCAUGUUGGUUGUCAUGAAAAAACUGACUUAUGAUGAAGAAUAUAACUUUGAAAAUGAGGGUGAAGAUGAAGCCAUGUUUGUAGAAUAUAGAAAACAACUAAAGUUACUGCUGGACAGACUUGCUCAAGUUUCACCAGAGUUACUGCUGGCUUCUGUUCACAGAGUUUUUAGUGCCACAGUGCAGAACUGGCAGACUACACGGUUUAUGGAAGUUGAAGUAGCAAUAAGAUUGCUGUAUAUGUUGGCAGAAGCUCUUCCAGUGUCCCAUGGUGCUCACUUCUCAGGUGAUGUUUCAAAAGCUAGUGCUUUGCAGGAUAUGAUGCGAACUUUGGUGACAUCAGGCGUUAGUUCCUAUCGGCAUACAUCUAUGACACUGGAGUUCUUUGAAACUGUUGUUAGAUAUGAAAAGUUUUUCACAGUUGAACCUCAACACAUUCCGUGUGUAUUAAUGGCCUCUGAUCACAGGGGUCUGUGGCAUUCUAGUGCUAAAGUCCGGAGCAGAACUGCCUACUUAUUUUCUAGAUUUGUCAAAUCUCUCAAUAAACAAAUGAAUCCUUUCAUUGAGGAUAUUUUGAAUAGAAUACAAGAUUUAUUAACCCUUUCUCCAUCUGAGAAUGGUUACCAGUCCUUAUUGAGUAGCAAUGAUCAACUAUUUAUUUAUGAAACAGCUGGAGUGCUGAUUGUUAAUAGUGAAUACCCAGCAGAAAGGAAGCAAGGAUUAAUGAGGAAUCUGUUGACUCCACUAAUGGAAAAGUUUAAAAUUCUGUUGGAAAAACUGAUGCUGGCACAAGAUGAAGAAAGACAAGCAUCUCUUGCAGAUUGUCUCAACCAUGCUGUUGGAUUUGCCAGUCGAACCAGCAAAGCUUUCAGCAACAAGCAGACUGUGAAACAGUGUGGCUGCUCCAAAGUUUAUCUGGACUGUUUGCAGACGUUCCUGCCAGCCCUCAGUUGUCCCUUACAAAAGGAUAUUCUUAGAAGUGGAGUUCGCACAUUCCUUCAUCGAAUGAUUAUUUGCCUUGAGAAAGAAGUUCUUCCAUUCAUCCCAUCUGCCUCAGAACACAUGCUCAAAGACUGUGAAGCAAAAGACCUCCAGGAAUUCAUUCCACUAAUCAACCAGAUUACAGCCAAAUUUAAGAUUCAGGUAUCCCCAUUUCUACAACCGAUGUUCAUGCCCCUGCUUCAUGCAAUUUUUGAAGUUCUGUUCUAGCCAGCAGAAGACAAUAACCAGUCUGCAGCAUUAGAGAAGCAGAUGUUGUGGAGGAGCUAUUUCGUCUUUCUGCAGACUGUCACUGGCAGCAGAAUGAGCGAAGUUAUCGCAAAUCAAGGUGCAGAGAACGUAGAACGAGUGCUGGUUACCGUCAUCCAAGGAGCAGUUGAGUACCCAGAUCCCACUGCCCAGCAAACAUGCUUCAUCAUCCUCUCAAAGCUUGUGGAGCUCUGGGUAGGUAAAGAUGGACCAGUGGGAUUUGCUGAUUUUGUUUAUAAGCACAUUGUCCCUGCAUAUUUCCUAGCGCCUUUAAAACAAACCUUUGACCUGGCAGAAGCACAAACAGUAUUGGCAUUUUCUGAAUGUGCCGUGACACUGAAAACAAUUCAUCUCAGACGGGGUCCAGAAUGUGUUCAGUAUCUCCAACAAGAAUACCUGCCGUCUUUACAAGCAGCUCCAGAAAUAAUUCAGGAGUUCUGUCAAGCACUUCAGCAGCCUGAUGCUAAAGUUUUUAAAAAUUACCUAAAGGUAUUCUUCCAGAGAGCAAAGCCCUAAGAACUGGAUUUCCUUGUGCCUAUUUCUUGAUCAAGAAUUCCAGUUAAUUUAUAAAGAAACAGGUUUACGUGUGCCAUCCUCACUCAUCCUUUUAACAUUGUUCUGAGCUUGUUGCAGUGUAUGUAU